UUGUAUCAAUUUAAAAUCAGAUAACAUAGUCUCUAGAGCUUUCUUAGCUGUUAAACAGUUCAGCUUUGAUAAAAGUCACCAUGGCCUAAUGGUGAUCAGCCAUAUUGUAACCUCUGAACUUUGAUCUAUGAACCUGUACAGACAUUAACAAACAACAUUGAGAGAAACAGUUCUAUAUAAUCAUCACUUAAAAAGGAGCUAAGAAAUGCUAUCAGAAUAACUGAACAGUAUGGAAGCCUUCAGUGUGUCUGCAGUUUUCUCAAUAGGAAUAUUGAUUAUUUCUAUUUACAGUUCUAUGAAAAUAACUGUCAAUGUUUAUAAAUUUCUUAAGAAGUCAGCCAUUUUGAAAAAGUUUCCUUAUGAUCCAGGUCACUGGUUUUGGGGACAUUUGAUUUAUUUUCCUGCUCCUGAUGAAAAUGCUCUUAAAUAUAGGCGUGAACGGACGGGUCGUUUCCCAAAUAGUUGUUUAUCUUGGUUUGGACCAAUAUUAGCAGUUAUAUGUGUAACAGCACCAGAAAGUGUAAAGACUAUACUUAAGAAAGUCAUGUCAAAAGGAAAAUUGUAUCGCUUGCUCCAGCCCUGGCUAGGUGACGGCCUUCUUCUAAGUCAUGGAGAAAAAUGGGCUCGAAAUCGUAGACUAUUAACCCCAGCUUUUCAUUUUGAAAUUCUGAAACCAUAUAUUAUAAUUAAGAAUAAAGCCGCUGAUAUUUGUUGUUCAAAAAUUAAAAACUUUUCAGAAAAUAACGAAUAUUUUGAAGUGUUUUCCGUGAUUACAUUGUUCACAUUAGAUGUCAUCCUAAAAUGCGCCUUCUCUUAUGACACAAAUUGUCAGGAACUGGGAACUAAUCAUCCUUAUGUUCAAGCCGUCCAUGAACUAAGUAGGAUUAUAACGUUACGCUAUAUGAGGCCCUGGUUGCACAUAGACUGGGUCUUUUAUCUUACAAAAGAUGGAAAAGAUUUUAAAAAGCACUGUGAAUAUGUUCACAAAGUAGCCGAGCAAAUAAUCAGAAACAGACGUGAAGUUCUUCAGAAAGAAAUGCCAGAAAACCAAUCAAAGAGGAAAAGAUAUAUUGAUUUUCUUGAUACUUUGUUGAUGGCUCAAGAUGAGAAUGGUGUCGGAUUGACAGAUGAAGAAAUCAGAGCUGAAGUGGACACAUUUUUAUUUGAGGGUCACGACACCACUGCAAGUGCCAUAUCUUGGUGUCUUUACUCCUUGGCACAACAUCCAGAAAUACAGAGUCGAGUCCAGAGAGAAAUAGAUGAAUUGAUGUCCAGAAGACCAAAAGAUGACCUUCUAGCAUCAGAUCUCAAUCAAUUACCGUAUCUUACUAUGUGCAUUAAAGAAUCACUCCGUCUUCACAGUAUUAUUUCAUUCAUAGUCAGACAUUCGGAUCACAACAUUCAAGUUUCAGGAAAAACUCUUCCAAAAGACACAAUGAUCACUGUAUCAAUUUACGGAGUACAUCACAAUCCCACCCUAUGGGAAGACUCACUCAAAUUUCAACCAGAAAGAUUCAGUCCUGAAAAUAUUGAUAAGAUCGACCCAUUCGCUUUUUUGCCAUUUUCUGCAGGACCAAGGAAUUGUAUUGGACAGAAUUUUGCAAUGCAUGAAAUCAAAGUUUUACUAGUCAAAAUAUUAAACCGGUUUGAUCUAGAACUUGAUCCAGAUCAUCCAGUUAGGAAAAUAGAAGGACUUGUUAUGAAAGCCGAACAUGGAAUCCAAAUAAAAGCUAAGACAAGAAACCCUGGGCAAUAUCGAUUUGACUUGUCUUAACUGACUUGUUGUAAGAAUGACAAAGUUAAAAAUUAAAGGAAACAUAUUACUGUUUAUUUUUAGUGUUAAUAUCACUGGACAUUCUACACACCAAAAAAAUCUAUCUUGUGGAUUGAAAAAGGCAUUUGUUAGUGCUUUACUGAUCUUCAUUGUAUCAUAGUAAAAUAAUGUUCAUUUUUCCACGAUUUGACCCGAGGUAAUUUGACACAGAUUUGCCAAUCCAUCACUUAUGUAUGUUUUAUGAUUUCCAUACCAGUCGUACACAGAUGAUAUUAACCUAUAGUAGAUUACAAUGAGUUCAGCAGACUUUCAGGCUAAGUGCUUACUCUAAUUAUGGUAAGCAGGCUACUGUUUGCAGCAUUAUACUGUGUAUAUAUAAAAAUAUUAAAUUAUUUCCAUUUAUUUUCUUGUUGACAGUUUUUUCCACAAACCAAAGUAACAAAAGGAAUUUGAUAAAAUCUGUGUGUUUAAUCUAUUGUGUUUCCUUGCUAAAACCCCUGACCUUAUCUUACAAAACAGAAACCUGUUUUAAAAAUCCUAAUGACUUCCUGUUCACAAGAAAAUACAUAAAAUAAACCGGACUACCACAUGUAGAUGCUUUCAUUAUUUUUUAAUAAA